CAGACCUUCACAGCGUGGUGUAACUCACAUCUCCGCAAAGCUGGGACGCAGAUUGAGAAUAUAGAUGAGGACUUCCGAGACGGCCUUAAACUCAUGUUACUACUUGAAGUUAUUUCAGGGGAACGUCUGCCCAAACCUGAACGUGGAAAAAUGCGAGUGCACAAAAUUUCCAAUGUCAACAAAGCUCUGGAUUUUAUUGCCAGCAAAGGGGUAAAACUGGUGUCCAUUGGUGCAGAAGAAAUUGUGGAUGGCAAUGCUAAAAUGACCCUAGGAAUGAUAUGGACGAUUAUCCUCCGUUUUGCAAUUCAAGACAUUUCUGUUGAAGAAACAUCUGCCAAAGAAGGACUGUUGCUCUGGUGUCAGAGAAAGACUGCGCCGUACAAGAACGUCAACAUACAAAAUUUCCAUAUCAGCUGGAAAGAUGGUCUUGGGUUCUGCGCUCUCAUUCAUAGGCAUCGCCCGGAGCUCAUUGACUAUGGCAAAUUACGGAAGGAUGACCCCUACACAAAUCUGAACACCGCAUUCGAUGUUGCUGAGAGGUUCCUAGACAUUCCUAAGAUGUUGGAUGCGGAAGACAUUGUUGGGACUGCUCGUCCAGAUGAGAAGGCCAUCAUGACCUACGUUUCUAGCUUCUAUCACGCCUUUUCAGGAGCCCAGAAGGCGGAGACUGCAGCCAAUCGGAUCUGCAAAGUUCUAGCUGUCAAUCAGGAGAAUGAGCAACUUAUGGAAGACUAUGAAAAACUGGCGAGUGAUCUGUUAGAAUGGAUCAAACGGACUAUACCUUGGCUGGAGAACCGUGCACCUGAGAAUACCAUGCAAGCCAUGCAACAGAAGCUGGAGGACUUCAGAGAUUAUAGGCGCCUACACAAGCCACCUAAGGUCCAAGAAAAGUGUCAACUAGAAAUCAACUUUAACACUCUUCAGACUAAACUAAGACUUAGCAACCGGCCAGCAUUCAUGCCCUCUGAGGGAAAGAUGGUCUCGGAUAUAAACAAUGCUUGGGGAGGUUUGGAGCAUGCAGAGAAGGGCUAUGAGGAGUGGCUGCUGAAUGAGAUCCGGAGGUUGGAAAGACUAGACCACUUGGCUGAAAAGUUUCGUCAGAAAGCUUCUAUUCACGAAGCCUGGACAGAUGGUAAAGAAAACAUGCUGCAGAAGAAGGACUAUGAAACGGCGAGUCUGUCUGAGAUCAAGGCUCUGCUGAAGAAACACGAGGCCUUUGAAAGUGAUUUGGCUGCUCAUCAGGACCGAGUGGAACAGAUUGCAGCUAUUGCCCAGGAACUAAAUGAGCUGGAUUACUAUGACUCCCCAAGUGUGAAUGCUAGGUGCCAAAGAAUCUGUGACCAGUGGGAUAAUCUUGGUGCUCUCACCCAGAAACGUAGAGAGGCUCUGGAGAGAACAGAGAAGUUAUUGGAAACCAUUGAUCAACUUUAUCUGGAGUAUGCCAAGAGAGCCGCCCCAUUCAAUAACUGGAUGGAAGGUGCCAUGGAAGACCUACAGGACACCUUCAUUGUUCAUACCAUUGAGGAGAUCCAGGGACUGAGCACCGCACAUGAGCAGUUCAAAGCAACAUUGCCAGAGGCUGAUAAGGAGCGACAAGCCAUCCUUGGAAUUCAUAAUGAGGUUACAAAGAUUGCGCAGACUUACCACGUCAAUAUGUCUGGGACCAACCCCUAUUCCACUAUAUCCCCUCAAGAAAUCAACAACAAGUGGGACCAUGUAAGACAGCUGGUGCCCCGCCGAGAUCAAGCCUUGACGGAGGAACAUGCACGCCAGCAGCAGAACGAACGGCUGAGGAAGCAGUUUGCAGCACAAGCCAAUGUCAUUGGGCCAUGGAUACAAACAAAGAUGCAGGAGAUUGGCCGCAUCUCUAUAGAAAUGCACGGGACUCUAGAAGAUCAACUCAGUCAUUUACGACAAUAUGAGAAGAGUAUUGUGAACUACAAACCAAAGAUUGACCAGUUAGAGGGUGAUCACCAACAAAUCCAGGAGGCCCUUAUAUUUGACAACAAGCACACCAACUACACCAUGGAGCACAUCCGUGUGGGAUGGGAACAACUUCUGACCACUAUUGCCAGAACUAUGAAUGAGAUCGAAAACCAAGUCCUCACACGAGAUGCCAAAGGCAUCAGCCAGGAGCAGAUGAAUGAAUUCAGGAACUCGUUCAACCACUUUGACAGGGAGCACUCCGGCACGCUUGGCCCAGAGGAAUUUAAGGCCUGCCUCAUCAGCUUGGGUUACGAUAUUGGAAACGAUCCUCAGAAGAAGACUGGCAUGCUGGACAGUGAUGAUUUCCGGGCCUGUCUUAUCUCCAUGGGUUACAAUAUGGGUGAAGCAGAGUUUGUCCGUAUAAUGACUAUCGUGGAUCCAAACAGACUUGGAGUGGUUACAUUUCAAGCUUUCAUUGACUUCAUGUCUCGUGAAACUGCAGACACGGACACUGCUGACCAAGUUAUGGCCUCCUUUAAGGUUCUUGCUGGGGAUAAGAAUUACAUCACUGCAGAUGAGCUGCGUCGGGAACUUCCCCCAGAUCAAGCGGAGUAUUGCAUUGCCAGGAUGGCACCGUACAUUGGACAUGACGCCGUCCCAGGGGCACUGGACUACAUGUCUUUUUCAACAGCACUCUAUGGUGAAAGUGACCUUUAACCCUUCAUUACUCUCCUAGAGGUCACCGCAGUGCUGAUUGGCCACCACUCCUGUACCCAAUGUGGUUUCAGCUUUCACGCCUUUUGUGUGUCUUCAUAGCUCACCAGAUGAAAAAAAGAAAUAAAUCACUUUCACCCCUCUAGUGCUCAGACCCUUUGUCUGUCUGGCACCGCAGGGAGGGUCAAUAUUUGUGUAAAGUUUUGUCCUUACAGCAACAGUUUACAAAUAAAAAUUUUUACUAAAGACCUUUAAAUGCAUAUUUUAUUAUGAGAGGAAAAAAGUGAAAUGUAUUUUUCUGCCAACACAAAAGUAAAGCUAACUCUUGUUUUUGGUUUGUCGGAGAAGAAAAGUUGAAUGUUCCAGAUUCUUAUCGUCGUCUUUUUUUUUUGCGACCACUUAUGAAGAGCAGGACUGUUUAGUCGUUGUACCUUGGCCUAAUAUCUUUUUCCAUCCACCAAAAUCAAUCUCUGACAAACUGUAAAAGUGAAAUUGUGUCAAGAUGGAAAUUAAACCUCAUGAAAACUUCCAUAUUUUUAUAAGCAAAAGCAUUUGUUUCCAAUAUUUAAUGUAAGAUAUAGAAUGCGGCUUCCUUUCACAGCUCAUAAACUUCUUUUUAAUGUUGCUACAAAUGGUUUGUUUUGAGACCUGAAGCUUCAAUAAUCUGUCCUCAAUAUCUGCUUGUCACAGUCCUUAUUAAUGAAGUUCCUGUUUAAAUUUUAAUCAUUUGUGUUAUUGGUUACUUUCAAAUAAAUUGCAUUUAUUACUACAAUUUACACAA